UUUUGAGGCUAAGUUAAGGCCAAGAUAACACUUCCCCAGCUCCCAUUCGAACUCCCCAAGAUAAGAGAGAAGAAGAGAGCCACACAACCUAAAAGAGCAAGGAGAAAGCAAACUGCCCGCAGGUUUUUCCUCCAGUGAAAGGGUUACUUGUUUGCUUCAUAUCUCGAGUUAUACACAUCCAAAUAAGGCGUGCGAGAUACCAACAGAAAUCUCUCAAGACGAGGAAUCCGUGAAGGUAUGAUUUGCAUCAAUCGGAGUAGUGGAAGGCUUCCAAAUUGACCGAGCAAAACACGACCUCGCAGGAAACGUUUUUGUAUUCAAAGUUAGGGAACGAAUUCGUCGGGAAACACCCGUUCUAGGGACUGUUUUGCGUUUUCGGUUGGGAGUUGAACUAGCACUUUGAGGGGGGCUGUUUAACACUCAAUUUCAAGCAAGGAAUCAGUUCUCAAACCUUCUUGGCCGAGGCUUUGGUCAUUGGAUCGAGAAGGAAGGUUUUAAAGCUCAUUUGAGGUUGAGGCUAGAGCUUGCUUCCUGUGCUCGUUGCUCGAGAGAUCAUAUAGGAGGGAAGACUUGAAAUGGACCGUGGUGGCAGGAUUACUAGGAGAAACCCGACGGGCCGUGUACCAGUGGAGACUGGACAGGGCAGUCGAAGGACCUCUAGGGCGUCUAGAGGAGCUGGCCGAGGAGGCCGAUCACAGACCGUGAGCGACGGUCAUGUGAGUACCGAGAACGAGAGCUACUGGUCCUAUGAGGACUCGACCUAUCGACCGGAAACAGAACCGGUUGAAACCCCUUAUGAAGGGGAUGAUGAUGAUGAUGAUGUAACUGAUGAGGAGGAAAACGGCUCCUUAACACGGAUUGAGGCACUACUCCAACAAUAUCACCGUGAGCGUGAAGAGAGGAGGGAACGUCGAAGGCGCCGAGCCGGGCAACCUUCGGGCGGGGCUUCAAGGGAGAGGAGUCAUGGUGACUCUAGGGCCCAUAUCGAACCACAUGAGGGCCGAGGUGAUGGAGGUCCGAUCAUAAGGAUCUCCAAAUACCUCAAGGAGGCACGAGACUUGGGGUGCAAACCCUUCAACGGAGCGGGUGACAUCUCGGUCGCCGCGGAAUGGAUCAAGAGGUUGAACGAAGCAGCCCUUGAUAUGCAACUCACCCCCGAGUUUAAACUAAGGGUGGCGGUGAGGUUGCUUGAAGGGAUGGCAUCCACAUGGUGGGACGGGGCCAAGGGAAAGUAUGGCAAUACCGUGACUUGGGAGGAUUUCCGACAGGAGUUCUUUGCCCAAUACUAUUCUGAUUUUGAGGUGAACAAUAAGAGGAGAGAGUAUGCCCUCCUGACCCAAGGUAGCAAGAUGACGGUGAGGCAACUUGAACAUAAAUUCAGGGAGCUCGCGGAGUUCAUACCGGAGUAUGUCUGUGACGAGAACCGGAUGGUAAACCACUUCUGGGAUGCCCUAGACUUGGAGGUGCGUGAGAGGGCAACACAGUUGCCUAACAUGACCUUUAGCCAAGUGGUUGAGCAAGGAUUGAAAGGAGAGAAGGAAUGGGAAGAAAGAAAGUUGAAGAACGCCGAGGAGGCGAAGAAAAGGAAGUGGGAGAGUCAUGGCUCCCAAGGUUCCAACAAAAAGGGAAAUCAUGGAGGAGGAUCUUUCCGUGCACCACCGCCACCAUCUAGGGGGAACCAGGGCUCGAGCAGGCAUGACUCGGGGUCACAAGCCUCGGGGACGCCUCGUUGCUUGAAUUGCAAGAAGAGUCACCUCGGAAAAUGCCGUGAACCUCCUAGAUGCUUCCAAUGCGGGAAUACCGGGCAUUUGAAGGCGCAUUGCCCACAACUGGGUGGGGCAAGGUCAUCGGGACCAAGUAGCGGGGCCACGGGGAUGAGAAACCAAGCCCGGGGUUCCCAAUCAACUAGGGGGCAUGGAGGAGCAAGCGCGAGCAACGCGCCAUCGGUGAAUCAAGAAAGGACUCAAGCUAGAGUCUAUGCGAUGACGGAGGCGGAUGCUCAAGCUAACCCGGAUUCCGUUGCAGGUUGAGGCUAGAGCUUGCUUCCUGUGCUCGUUGCUCGAGAGAUCAUAUAGGAGGGAAGACUUGGUUCGUGCUUCCUCCAUUUUGUUUUUAAACAUUAAUAAACAUGCUCAUGGACAUUUUACUACAGAGCCUGCGUGCUCAUGAAUAGCCAUGUGUGGCCCUUUUGUUUUAAACAAUGUUUUCCGCUGCGUUAUGAAUUACUUAUUAUGUUUGUUUAUGGAUGGAUAUGUGUGAAUGAUAUUCAAGACGCC